AACCAAAUCUGCGACCAGAUAUUCAAGAAGUAUUUAAAAUUCUUCAGGAUAUAAUUUCUGAAUCAAAUGCCAAACCUAAACUUCUAGAUAUAUCACAAAAUAUGACUAAUUCGCAAAGUAAAUCCGAGGAAAAUCUAAUACAACACGAACAUUUUGAACUUAUUACUAAAUGGAUUAAUCAAACAUCUAGAAAAGGCAUUACAAAGUUCCUUCCUUUUAAACCCAAAAAUAACUACGAUUUUAAGCUGCUUACUAGAGGUAGUCGAGAUGGGUUCAACCCGGCUAAUUUUCAUGAUAAAUGUGAUAAUAAAGGACCUAUUUUGACAAUUUUAAAAAUUGAAGAUGAGAAUAACAUCUUAGAUGGAUAUAAUUCACUUAAUUUGGAAUCAUCGAAGAAGAAAAAAUGUCGCAAGAAAAAUAAAAGUUUCAUUUUUAAUUUAG